GUCUCUCCCUCCCCCGUUUUAGCCUCUCUCCAACUCCCCUCCUCGCUCUUGUCAUUUUCUGCCCUCGUUUCCGCGGGUGAAAGUCCCGCGGGAGGCAGGCGCUCAGCUCCGCGGGAGAGCCGACGGGAUGAGGGAGAGGGAAAUGGCGCUGACAGCUUUGUAGGUGGUAGACCAAAGUGAAGGCGAAUACUGUAGGGAGAAAUAAGAAGUGCUUUUAGAAAGAGCAAGGCGGAGGUGGGGAAAAGCAAGAGGCUAAACGGAGGACAGGAGCUUGCGAGGGGGAAGAAACGCAACAGUAGGUCGUGACGUGUCGCCAUGACAACAGAGGCGGGCUCUGAGACAGAGGUGAAGGAGAAAGCGGAGAAGUCAGCCGCCGGGCUCGACCAAUCGGAGCAGGCCAGCGCGGAGAGCCAGGAAGUGGCCGCCGCUGAGGGAGACGCGGAGAAAGAGAGAGGGGGCAAGGGGAUAUCGCGCUACCUGCCGACAUGGUUUAAGAAGCAAAAGUCUGACAGCCAGACCUCCCCGACCAAGGAGGUGCCGCCGCCGGAGAAGCCCGCCGGCAACCGCGAGGAGGUUCCGGAAGUGAACGGACACGCAGAGGAAGUAGAAGGGAAGGACGCGCUCAGUCCGGUCCGGGAGCAAGUCAAAGAAAAGGAAGCGGAGUGCCACUCCGACGCCAGCGCCGACACAGAGCCCGCCGAGGAAGAGGAAGUCGAGCGGAAAAGCGUCGGGGGCGCCGAGGCCGCAGGUGAAGGAGGAGCCGAGGAGGCGCGGCCAGAGAAGAAGGACGAGGUGAAGGAACGAGCGCAGGGGGGCGAAGGCCAGACGACCAUUUUCCAGUCGCCGCUGCGCUUGGUCAGGAAGAGCAAGAUGAAGCUGGUGGUGUGUCACGUGACCCUCCUGGACGGCUCCGACUUCGCCUGCGAGGUGGAGAAGCGCGCCAAGGGUCUAUUCUUGUUCUUCAAGGUGUGCGAGCACCUCAAUCUGCUGGAGAAGGACUACUUUGGUCUGACGUACACAGACCACCACGAGCAGAAGUGCUGGUUGGACCCCACCAAGGAAAUCAAGAGACAAAUCCGCAGUAACAACUGGCAGUUUGCGUUCAACGUCAAGUUCUACCCACCUGAUCCCUCGCUGCUCACCGAAGACAUCACGAGGUACCUGUUGUGUCUGCAGCUCCGCGAAGACGUGGCGUCAGGCCGAUUGCCUUGCUCGUUUGUCACUCACGCUCUCCUGGGCUCGUACACGCUGCAGGCAGAAUUUGGCGACUAUGAACCCGACCAGCCUCGUCCUCUGGACUACAUCAGCCAGCUGACCUUUGCCCCCAAUCAGAGCAAAGAGAUGGAGGACAAGAUUCUAGAGCUACACAAGUCCCACAAGGGAAUGACACCAGCGCAGGCAGACGCACAGUUUCUAGAAAACGCCAAGAAGUUGUCCAUGUACGGGGUGGACCUGCACCACGCGAAGGAUUCUGAGGGCGUGGACAUCAUGCUGGGAGUGUGCGCCAACGGACUCUUGGUCUACAAGGACAGGCUUCGGAUAAAUCGCUUCGCUUGGCCCAAAAUCCUCAAGAUUUCCUACAAGAGGAACAACUUCUACAUCAAGAUCAGACCUGGAGAGACGGAGCAGUUUGAGAGCACCGUGGGCUUCAAACUCCAGAAUCAUCGCUCGGCCAAACGGCUGUGGAAAGUCUGCGUGGAGAACCACAGUUUCUUCAGGCUAAACACACCAGAGCCCCCCACCACCCCGCGCUUCUUGACUCUGGGCUCCAAGUUCCGUUACAGUGGACGCACGCAGACCCAAACCCGCCUGGCCAGCACCCUCAUAGACAGGCCCGCGCCCGCUUUUGAGCGCACUUCGUCGAAACGCAUCAGCCGCAGCCUCGAUGGAGCACCAAUGAUCAGCAUAACGGAGGCCAGCCGGGACGCCACUGAGAACGGACACGAGCCCCACCUGGACCUCCAUUGUGACUCCAAGGUUAAGGAGGCGGACUCGAGCCCUGGCCGUGUGGAAGCCACGCCCACCCAGAGUCCAGUGCGAGUGCGUGCGGAUAAUAUUUAUGUGCGGCACAGUAAUUUGAUGUUAGAGGACCACGAUAAGACCCAAGAGGAAGUACUGAAACACCAGGCUAGCGUUAGCGAGCUCAAGCGCUCUUUUAUGGAGGCGCCGCCGGCCUCCCCUCCGCAGCACAACCUGUGGGAGAAGCGCCUCAGCUCGUCUCCUGCCACCGCCACGCGCGCUCAGCGGCCCGCAGCGGUGCCCGAGACGGAAGGAGCAGCAGCAGCCGCUUCGGCAGCAGAAAACGGCGACACCGAAGAACUCGGCAAGACAACGGAAGUUGAAAUUGAAGAAACUGUUGUGGUGCGAGAGGUUUCCACCAAAGCCGUCGUCCCGGAGGAGCGCAGGCAGGAAGUGAAAGUGGAAGAGGGUGCGGGGCUUGCGCAGAAGAAGAAGAUGAAGCAGCGGGAGAGCGUUUCGUCGGAGAGCGAAAGCGACGAGGAGGCGGAAUAUCACCCCAACGUGCCCGUGUCCAUCUCGCGCACUCAAAUACCCGAGGAGAAAGAGGAAGAAGACGAGCGGGAGAAGUCGCGGGAGGAUGGAGUCAGCCAGCCCGCCCGGUCUGAAAAUCCAGCGGAAGAGAAGAAAGAAGGAGAAGAACCCACGGCGACGCCCGGCGAAGCUCCCAACGGACCGGCCCAGCACGAAGAGGCCCGCGCCCGGCCGGUCGCUCCCGCGCAACAAGACCAAGUGCCCAGAGUGAACGGCGAGGCCACGGCGGUGGAGGCGCGUCCACAGGUUAUUUGUUGCUCUCAGCCGCCGGUGGUAAAGACAGAAAUGGUGACAAUAUCAGACACGUUCGCGGCACAGAAGACCGAGAUCGCGACCAAGGAAGUUCCCAUCGUGCACACGGAAACCAAGACCAUCACAUACGAGGCCGCACAGCUGGACGGAAGCGGCGACGGAGAGCCCGGAGUUCUGAUGACCGCUCAGACAAUCACCUCGGAAUCUCUGUGCACCACCACCACCACGCACAUCACCAAGACGUUAAAGGGCGGCCUGUCGGAGACGAGGAUCGAGAAGCGCAUCGUCAUCACUGGCGACUGCGACAUCGACCACGACGAGGCUUUGGCCCAGGCCAUCAAGGAGGCCAAAGAGCAACAUCCUGACAUGUCGGUCACCAGAGUGGUGGUUCAUAAAGAGACCGAGCUGGCCGAAGAGGAGGAUUGACCCAACGCAGUGGGUUGCAACUUAGCGCCAACUGGAAAAUGGAGAUCCCACGGUGACAACAUUUCAAAACACCAGGAAUCUCUCUCCCCACUCUUACGUGCAGCGCUGAAGGAGCCGUUGGGGAUGUCAUGACCUGCGACCUCCGUCUUUCACCUUGACUGACAGAAGAGGCGCCAGAAGAAAACCAACUCCAAGUCUCUCCCCCGAAAAAAUAACAAUCAAGAAAAUAACAACACACACUUUGAGGGAGCAAAAGAACCACAUUGUUAGCUUAACAAUUGUAGCGUGUUUUUACUUUUUUGUUGUUUUUUUCAUAGUGCUUUUUUUUUUCUUUAUGACAUAAAAGAGACAAAGAGGGGAUGCACUGAUAAGCAACCAAGAUAAAAUAUGACGAUGAUAAUCUUCAUCAUUCAUAAAACUAGACACUGAAGUGUUGCACUUUGGGAAACGUUUUAUAUCUGUGUGUCUCCUCUUUAGUGCAGGGGUGGGGAAGCUACCAAACUUAAAAAACUAAUAAAACCUCAUAGGAAUUGUGUAUAAAAAGCCCUAUAUGCUCAUAAUGUAUCAGAAUUCCCCCCUCAGAAAAAAGGGUUCUCCACCCGUGCUCUAAUGUGAUAACAGAGCAGCUCCUUCCCUCACAUCAAUAAAUGUAAACAUAAUUCACCAUUUUGCAUAAAAGCCACCUAAAACACUCACAUACUAAAUGGUACAAACAAGUGGUGACAUUCUAACCGCUCAUUGACGUUUCCUGAUAUUCAACCCUCACAUUUAAAAAAAAAAAAAAAAAAAAUGGAAAAACAAACAUACACUUGAUAAAAAGCUUUCAGUUUGUUGUUUUUAUACGAAAUGUGAACGAGUUUAAGCUAAAACAGAUUUCUCUGCAGACACACUGAAAAGAAGGUGAUAGCAGAAAGGAGCCACAGCCGUUCCUGUUCCUGUCAACGGAAUGCAGGGAUCAUUUGGGAGAUUUUUUAUUUUAAUUUGUUUUAAUGUGGAACCACAUCGUUUGGACAUAAAGGUGCCACGAUGGGGUUUGGAAGCGUAUAGAUGACACACAAUCGCAGCUCGAUACAGUUUAUCGACAACCCCAAUUCCAAUGAAGUUGGGACGUUGUGGUAAACAUAAAUAAAAACAGAAUACAAUGAUUUGCAAAUCAUGUUCCACCUAUAUUUAAUUGAAUACACUACAAAGACAAGAUAUUUAAUGUACAAACUGAUAAACUGGAUUGUUUCUAGGAUAUGGCUGCAACACAUUCCAAAAAAAGCUGGGACAGGUGGCAAAAAAGAUUGAGAAAAUUGAGGAAUGCUCAUCAAACACCUGUUUGGAACAUCCCACAGGUGAACCGGCUCAUUGGGAACAGGUGGGUGCCGUGAUUGGGUAGAAAAGGAGCUUCCCUGAAUGGCUCAGUCAUUCACAAGCAAAGAUGGGGCGAGGUUCACCUCUUUGUGAACAAGUGCGUGAGAAAAUAGUCCAACAGAUCAAGGACAAUGUUCCUCAACGUACAAUUGCGAAGAAUUUAGGGAUUUCAAUAUCUACGGUCCAUAAUAUCAUCAAAAGGUUCAGAGAAUCUGGAGAAAUCACUGCAUGUAAGCGGCAAGGCCGAAAACCAACAUCGAAUGCCCGUGACCUUCGAUUCCCUCAGGCGGCACCGCAUCAAAAACCGACAUCGAUGUGUAAAGGAUAUCGCCACAUGGGCUCAGAAACACUUCAGAAAACCAAUUUCAGUAACUACAGAUCGGUACUACAUCCGUAAGUGCAACUUAAAACUCUACUAUGCAAAGCAAAAGACAUUUAUCAACAACACCCAGAAACGCCACCGGCUUCUCUGGGCCCGAGCUCAUCUAAGAUGGACUGAUGCAAAGUGGAAAAGUGUUCUGUGGUCCGACGAGUCCACAUUUCAAAUUGUUUUUGGAAAUUGUGGACGUCGUGUCCUCCGGGCCAAAGAGGAAAAGAACCAUCCGGACUGUUAUGGACGCAAAGUUCAAAAGCCGGCGUCUGUGAUGGUAUGGGGCUGUGUUAGUGCCAAUGGCAUGGGUAACUUACACAUCUGUGAAGGCACCGUUAAUGCUGAAAGGUACAUACAGGUGUUGGAGAAACAUAUGCUGCCAGCCAAGCAACGUCUUUUUCAUGGACCCCCCUGCUUAUUUCAGCGAGACGAUGCCAAACCACAUUCGUAGCGUGGCUUAAAUAUCUUGCCUUUGUUGUGUAUUCAAUUAAACAUAGGUCGAACAUGAUUUGCAAAUCAUUGUAUUCCGUUUGUAUUUAUGUUUAACACAAAGUCCCAACUUCAUUGGAAUUGGGGUUGUAGGUUAGGCUCGUCUUUGGCUGGCGACGAAAAGAUUCUGCAGUUCUUCAUUGUCACGCCAAUAGUGCAGAAAGGCUGCUUUUUCGGGGUGGCAUGAAUGCAGCACAAAAUUGGACAAGCACAGAACAGAUUGAGGUGCCCUACGUGACACGAGUACAAUAAAUGUUUAAGAAGAAAAAAAAACAUUCCACCUGCCUGACUGGAAACGAUUACUUUUUUAAAAAUUGGAUUUGUUCAAAUUUAAACACCUUUACACGUGAAAUCCUCUAAAACGCUAAAUAUUCGGAAUCCACUGUUUGUUAAAAAAAAGGAUUUACGACAAUGGAGUCUUAUUAAAAACACUGGUCUUAACUUUGCAAUGUUUUGCGAUGACAUUCCACCGUAGGAAGAUGGAAAAUAUUGAAUUUUCGCUUCUCAUUCUUGUCUUUUUUUUUUUAAUGCAUAUGAUGUCACAACUAUAUUUGUAGUUUUACUCUGCCCACAUUGGAUUUUCUUCGUGAAACUGUGGUCCAUGUUUAUUAUUUUUUUUCAUAUUGGUAAUGUUUUCCAGUGGAGGUGGGACAUUGAACGCCACUGCAAAUCUGUUGUUUCACUCUGAGUUGCUGUAUAAAAGGAGCAGUGCGGCUGCAAAGUCAAUUCCUGGGGAUUUACCAAGAUUCCUGAAACCAAGGCAGCUCCGCAAAGUCACUCAAUUCUGCCUUUUUAAAAAAAAAAAAAAAUAUAUAUAUAUAUAUAUAUAUAUAUAUAUAUAUACCUAUACUUAAAAAAAACAAAAAAAAAAAAAAACAUUGUCAUCAUUGAUUCAAAAACAGCAUCUUUUGUAUUUUCUACAAAAAUUCAUGAGAAAAACAAACAAAAAAGGAUUUGGGAAGUCAACAAGCAGCCCCAUUGCUCCUUGGUAGUCCAGGUUCUUUCUAUCUAGCCACGUAAUUGUCCUGCAUUUCCCCUCCAAACCCACACACACAAAGCAAAUCCCUGUGUAACACUUCAAAUAAAGGAUUGUAAUACUCUC